AAUAUUUAAUAAAUUUCAAAUGAAAUUUAUUUUAGUUAUAAUCACAAAUCAAAAUUUAAUAAAAAUUUAAUUUAUAAAUAAUUUUUUUAAAUCUCAUAUAACAUAUUGAUAUAUUAUAUGUAAUUUUAUUAAUAUAUUAAUUCAAUUCAAAUUGAAUUAAUAAUUAUUUUAUAUGUACUUCUCUAGAAAUUAUUUUUAUAUUAUUUAUUUAAAAAAAAAUAAAAAAUGAAAAAAAAUAUUAAAUUUUUUGCACAAAGUUAGAUUUUUUAGAUCAAAAUUUUAUUCAUUUUUAAAAUAAAAUACUUCAUUUUUUCAUUUACUAUUUUAUUUAUUUUCAAUAUAAAUGUUAAUUAUACAUAAAUUUAGAAUAAAUUUUUUUUAAAUUUUACUACAGAAUUUUCAUUUUAUAGUUAUUUUAUAACGAUUUUUCCUUAAAAAUAUGUUAGGGUUUUUUAUUUUAUAGUUACUUAGGUAGCUAUGGGCGACAAAAUAUGUUUAGCGUAAACAAAUUAAUUUUUUGAGGAGAUUUGGAUUAUUUUCUGGAAAUCAAUUGCAUGUCAUAGUACACAUCGGCAAUAUGACAUCUCUAGAUUUAAGACAACAGAAACUCGAACAACAGAGACAAUUAAUUGCACAAAAAAUGAAACAAAAACGACAAAGUGGUGCUGGUGGAAUGGUACAAGCAUCUAAUAUAUCAAGCACUCAACUUACAAGUCAUUCUACAAAAUGGAUGAAUCCACAUAAAGAGCUUCGAGGAUAUGAUGGACCAUUACAGUUUAAUAUAUCACAAACAAAUACAGAUUUAAAUACAUUUAUAGAGAAUAAGGAUAUGGAAGCAAGAAUUAAUGAAGUUAGCACAGAAGGAAACUUUUACCAAGCUAUGGAAACUGCUGAUUGUGCAGAUGAAGAAUCAUCACCUAUAGAUAUACAUUCACCUUCAGAAUCUUUACCAUGUCCUUCGCCUCUUAGAGUAGCUCCUUCAGAUGGUUCUAGUACAUUUAUCAGUAGAGAAAACAAUUCUUCAAGUCCAGAAUUAGAGGGAAAUGUGGAAGGAAAUAUAGAACAUUUUGUAUUACAACCAGCAAAUAAAAAAAUGCAUUAUAAAUGUAGAAUAACGCGAGAUAGAAAAGGUAUGGAUCGUGGCCUUUAUCCAACCUAUUUUUUACAUUUAGAACGUGAUUAUGGAAAAAAGAUUUUUUUAUUGGCUGGACGUAAAAGAAAAAAAAGUACAACAAGUAAUUAUUUAAUUUCUACUGAUCCUACGGAUCUUUCAAGAGCAGGCGAAUCUUAUAUUGGAAAAUUGAGAUCGAAUCUUCUGGGAACACAAUUUACUGUAUAUGAUAAUGGAUAUUCAUUAAUGAAAGAUGACAAAAGAGACGAUCGUUUUAAUCCGAGACAAGAGUUAGCUGCAGUGAUAUACGAUACUAACGUUUUAGGAUUUAAAGGACCACGUAAAAUGACUGUCAUUAUUCCAGGAAUGACAUCUGAUCAAAAAAGAGUUGAAAUUUGUCCACGAGAUGAAUCUGAAACAUUACUUGAACGAUGGAAAACAAAAAAUAUGGAUAAUUUAAUAGAAUUACAUAAUAAAACUCCUGUAUGGAACGAUGAUACACAGUCAUAUGUACUUAAUUUUCAUGGACGUGUGACACAAGCUUCUGUGAAAAAUUUUCAAGUAGUACAUGAUAGUGAUGUUGAUUAUGUUGUUAUGCAAUUCGGCCGCGUUGCAGAGGAUGUUUUUACAAUGGACUAUAGGUUUCCAUUAUGUACACUUCAAGCAUUCGCUAUUGCUUUAAGUAGCUUUGAUAGUAAAUUAGCUUGUGAAUAAUUCAUAAUUAAAUAUAAAAAUAAUCAUAUAUCUAUAAAUGAUGAACUGCAUUAGAAGAAUUUGUAAUGGACAAUCAAUUGCAAUGAUGUUUUUUUAUAAACAUAUCCGUAACUAUUUUAUCGAAAUUUCAUGAUUAAGAAUAAUCAGUAUAAACCAUGUGUUCAUUUUUCUUAUAUGGAAAAUGUUUUUAAAUGCUAAAUAUAUAUUUCACAAUUGAUGUAUUAUGCAAGCAUUAAGAUAACAAACUAAGAUACUAUAAAUAUAUUGUAUCGUUGUUAAUCUUAAUACAUUGUAUUAUAAUAUGCAUUUCGAUAUGCAUUACAUUCAAUAUUUUAUCGUUAAUAAUAUUUAAUGAAAUAAUAUUUAAUGAAUUAUUAUUUGAAAAAAAAAAACUAUGAAGUUUUUCAUUUAUAUAUUCAUUUCCUUAAUUAAUACUUGAAAUAUUACAAACUGUGUUUGUGCAAUCAAAUACUUGGUUUUUACAAGAUUUUACAUUUUAGUAUUAUCAUAAAUAUUUUUACAAAAAUGAUUUUUUAUAUGCUCAAAAUCAAUACAUUAAAUGUAUAAUACUGAUAUUAAUACUGCACAAUUUACUGCCUAUACAGAUGAUAAAGAAUUUUCAUAUCAAAAUUAUAUACAGAGUAUAUAAAUGUUAAAUUAUUUUUAUGUAUCUUUGCAUGAAGAACAAAGAUUUCAAGCAUUCUAUUAUUAUUAAAUUAUAAUGCAAAAAAUUAUACAAAUUUGAUUGAUAUGAUUUUGAAAAUUAAAAUAAAAGAGAAUAUUUGUCUAUAAGUUUUUCUAAAUUUAUCAUUAAAAAUUUGGAUAAUCACUUAUUUGCUAAUUAUAUAUAAUUUAUUACUUUUAUAUAGAAAUAUUUUCUCUUAUAUAUCUCACAAUUUGCAAUUAUAUUUUUAUUUACACGAAAAUAUAUUAUGUAGCUUUCAUUAAAUAAUAUAGCAUUUCAUUAUAUGAAGAAUUUUUUAAUAUUUAAAUGUAUUGAUAAAAAAUAUUAUUGUUAAAUUGCUAUAAAUAUUAUCUCUAUAUAAUAUUGUGUUAAUUAUUAUUUAAAAAUAUUAUUUAAAAUAAGUAUCAAAUAUUUAUUUGAUACUUAUUUUAUUAUUUGAAACAUCUAUUUUAUUAAUUUAAAAUUCUUUAUAUUUAUAAAAAUACCAAAGAUAUUCAUUCUCAAUGUAAAAUAAAUGUAUUGAAAUAUUGACGAAAAUAUUUUAAUAUUAUUCUUUUGUGUAAUUAAUUGUAUGAUAAAAAAUUACAAAAAUAUUACAAAUUUUAAUUUUAUUAAUUAAUUCUAUUUUCUUCUUUUCAAAUUUACAUUUAUAAGAAUUUAAAUAUACAUAAAAAUUUUUUAAAUAAAUUUCAACAAAAUAAACAAUUAAUUGAUUUUAUUAUAUAUUUUAAAAUCAUAAAAAUAUAAUGUUUUCGUCAAAAAUACAUAUAAUAUAUUAUGACAUAUACCAAGCAUACACAGAAAAUAAAAUUAAUUAUUUAAAAAUUUGUAAAAUCAUUAAUAUAUUUGCAUUAUAUAUAUAUAUUAAAUAUUUAUAUAUUAUAAAGUAAAAUAAGAUAAAAUAAUGAAAUAAAAUUAAAAUAAAUUGUAAUCCAUUAUAAAAAUGUUGGAAAUUUAUAGCUUUAUAAAUUUUAUACAUCUUAAAUUUCAUUUGUGAUGAAAUAUAUUGUAUAAAAAAUAGAUAUAUGUUGUCAAAGACAAAUACUUCUUUUAAAAUUUUUUUUAAGAAAAACAAAAUUAAUUUAAAAUAUUAUAAUUAAACAAUGUUAAUAUUAUUUAGAAAGCCAAUUUUAUAUUUGAUUAAUUUUUUUACUUAUUUUUAACAUUUCUUCUGUGAUGUAAGUACCAAAUGUUAUUUAAGAUGUAUUAAUAUAUAAUAUAAUUGUGUGCGUUCGUAUGUAUGAAUUAAAAAAUAAGAUCUGUAAUUAGCUUAUCACAUUUAAUAUUGUAAAUCAAAGUGUUCAAUGGAUUGAAUUAAAUUUUCACUAAUCACUGAAAAUAAAUAUAAAUUGCAAAUUUUUAUGGAUUAUUUUCAGAUUUUUAUAUAAACUUAUAUGAAAUAAACCAUAAAUAAUAUAUAUUAAUAAAUAUAUUUAAAAAAAUUUA